AUGGCAUCUGACAAGAAUUUCGAAGUGGAAGAUCUCCUCGGGGACAUCGAAACACGCAAAUUUCUCUACGAAGAAGACCUUGCCAGUCAAGUCGACCCCGAACAGUUGGCCGAAGAUGCCAGAAUCCUCAAGGAGCUGGAGGCUCGACUCCAACGACUUUUGGGUAAUGAUACCCCAGAUGCUUCGACAGAGCAAGAAAGUAACCAAUCCCGUUCAACCCCACUGCCGGCAUCACCCGUGGCACAUACUGGAAGGUCGACAGCUUCCUCUUCCUCAACGGCAUCGCCUGCCCCAUCAACUCAUCAAACUCCUGCUAGACCUCCCACGAGCAAUGGAUAUGGCCCCUCGCACACUCAACCCGGAGAUUCCUACAUGCGAAGAUGGCAUGAAAGUCCUUCUCGUGCUCCGACUGCGGGCCCCUCGCGCACCCCCUCUACGGGCCGAUCUCUAUCCAGGCCCCAGUUCAAUGCAAAUGAAGACCCAGAACCUGAUUUCUCGGUCCCUGAUGCGUCUCGCAAGCGACCGCGUCAUGAUUCGAUUUCCUCGCCUGUAGCGGCUCCGUCAAAACGACAGGCUCUAAUUGACGAGUAUGAAACUCGAAUGGAGCAGUUGUCGGAAGACUUGGAUCAGAAGCUGACAAAGAUCCGCGAAGAUUACGAGGAGAGGCGAAAGGACGUUGAUGACCUUGAAUUCAGGGCUAUGGCCGGCGGAAUCUCUAUCUCGGAGGUCCUUGAGGCCCUGCAAGAGGAAAUGGAAGAAGAGGAGCGAGUUGUUCGGAGGGAUAUCAACCUGGAACGAGAUGGGGCUAUGGCUCAAAAACUACAAGCGGAGGAUUUGGGCGAGGAUGAGCCCGCGACAUACCCACCCGGCCAGUCAAACAGACCUACGCACCAUCCUCUAGAUCGACUCCCUUUCCGACCAACGGAUCCUCAACGAUUUGAUGGGACUUUCAGGCCCGCCUCGUCGAUUCCAUUUUCAUACAACCAUCCUUACGCUCCUUUACCCCCUAGCCAUCCUGAGAUGCUGAUAUUAGGCGCGGGCCCUGAUAAGCAAGCCCAGCCAUUCCCUGGCAAUCACUGGGAUGACGAUCUUCAAGAAAUCUCAGGGGAAUCUUUCAAUGCGAGAUUUGGAACCCAAUUCAGAGAUCCAAGAGGGUACGGAUACCCAUAUCUGCCUUCCUCGGAUUUCUCCACUGCCCGAAAACUUCCAUGGGUAUCGUCGGUAUCGCCGUAUCCCCGCAAUUAUACCAAUGACUAUACCCGCGACGCUGCAGGUCUCGCAAUGAGCACCUUAGACGAGGCAAAGUUGAACUUUGAGGAUGAUGACAUUGAGCGUUACGAGGAACAAAACUUCCCGAAGGACAUCAAGAAUCUCCUCACGGGUAUCAAAGAUAUCAGGGAUGCUACAAAUGCCGACACCGAUGAGACUCCGAGUGCACUAAAGGUGACGUUGAUGAAGCACCAAAAGAUCGGCUUGAGGUGGAUGAAGGCAAAGGAAGACAGUAGCCAAAAGGGUGGAAUCCUGGCAGAUGAUAUGGGUCUCGGCAAAACCAUUCAAGCGAUUGCGCUCAUGACCGCCCGUCCGCCCACUGACCCUGAACGACACCCGUCCCUCAUCGUUGCCCCAAAGGCUCUCAUGGAGCAAUGGAGACUCGAGAUUGCCCGACAUGUCAAUCCCGGCAAACAUAAGCUGUCGGUUUUCAUUUUCCACGACAAGACUCGCCGCACCCCCUGGAUGGACCUACGCAAAAAUGAUGUGAUCAUCACGACCUUUGGCACUUUAAUGGCCAACCACAGGUACCUAGCUAAAGCUGAAGAAAUGGAGAAAGCGGGCAGAGGCCCGGAGAUCACCGACUUGUACCGUAACCAAGCGGUCUUCUUCACGCCCACGAGCAAAUUCCACCGAGUUAUUGUGGACGAGGCGCAAAACAUCAAAAAUCCCGCGGCAAAGAGCGGCAAAGCCUGUUGCGCCCUUGACGCUACCUUCCGUUGGUGUCUGACCGGAACGCCCAUGAUGAACAAGCUGGACGACUUCCAGUCUCUUCUCAAAUUCCUUCGAAUCAGGCCUUACAACCACAAAGAGAAAUUCAAACGAGAUUUCCCCGUGCGUGUCGGCAUGGUGGAAGAGAAUAUCAUGAAUCAGCUGCGUGUCCUGGUCAAAUCUGUCUGUUUGCGACGUACAAAGACAUCUCAGAUCGAUGGCCAGCCUAUUCUUAACCUGCCGCCGAAGGUAAUCGAGAAAGUCCACGUCGUGUUCAACGAAUUUGAGAACGCAACAUACACAGAGCUGAGCAACUCCACCCAAGAGAAGAUCACCAAGUUGAUCAACAGUGGUACCCUCGGCAAGAACUACACUCAUGUGCUGGUUCUGCUCCUCCGACUGCGACAGGCAUGCUGUCACCCACAGCUGUUGGACAUCAACACUGACGACAUCAGCACCGUUUCCGGGGUUGAUCUAGUCGCGAAUGCAAAACUCUUGACGGCUGACGUUGUAACACGCAUCAAGAGCCUGGAUGAAGAGGGUGAUGAAGAAGCUGGGACGUGCCCGAUUUGUAUGGAUAGUUCUGGAAAUGCUGUCAUCUACAUUCCUUGUGGCCAUUCGGUCUGUCGCGAAUGCUUUGCGCGCAUAUCCGACCCCGCAGUGCUUGCCCGAGAUGAUACCUCAGGCCUGGUUAAGUGUCAGAACUGCCGUGGACCAGUCGAUCCUGAGAAGAUCACAGAUCUGAACUCGUUUAAGCAAGCGCAUGAUCCGAAUGCAGUGCCUGAGAAAGAGGUGAAGAAGAAAGAUGAUACAUCGGAUGAUGACUCCGAUACCGAAUACGACUCCCAAGAUGAGUCCGGUGAAUCGGUGAAAAGGGGCAAGAGAAAAUCCCUGGCCGUGCUACGACAGGCUGGCCAGAAAAAUCAAAAGGAGAGACGCAAGUAUCUUCGUCGUCUCGAGAAGACGUGGAUUCCAAGCUCGAAGAUUGAAAAAUCCAUGGAGAUCCUGCAGGCAAACGAGGACCGAGGAAAUGGCGAGAAAACCAUCAUCUUCAGCCAAUUCACCUCGCUGCUCGAUCUCUUGGAGGUUCCUAUCAAGCGCCGGGGCUGGAAGUACGUGCGAUUUGACGGGACGAUGAAGGUGGAUGAUCGCAACGCCGCUGUUGCAGGUUUCACUGAUGACCCUAUGACGCGGGUCAUGCUCGUUUCUCUGAAGGCUGGCAAUGCCGGUUUGAAUCUGGUCGCUGCGUCACACGUUAUCAUAUUCGAUCCCUUCUGGAAUCCCUACGUUGAAGACCAGGCUAUCGACCGAGCCCAUCGUAUCGGUCAAACGAAGGAUGUAUUUGUGCACCGAUUGCUCAUCGAGAACACUGUGGAGGAUAGAAUUGUUGAGCUUCAAGAGCAGAAGCGUGAGUUGAUCAGUGGUGCCCUUGAUGAGGGCGGUUCGAUGAACGUGCAACGUUUGAGCGUUAGGGAUCUGGCAUAUUUGUUUGGAAUUCAAGACGCUUGA